GUCAAAGUAAAAAGAUGGCGGCGCCCACUAAACUCGGAAAUUUGGCAGGGGAUUCCACACUGUUUUUCUUGUGUGAUAUGCAGGAGAAAUUCAAGCCCGCUAUCCAGUUCUUCACAGAAAUAGUUGAAGUGGCGAAAAGACUAACUGAGACUUCCAGGAUUUUGGAGAUUCCACUGAUCGUCACUGAGCAGUAUCCAAAAGGCCUCGGGAGCACCGUGCCAGAACUGGACAUUAAACACGCAGUGGGAGUCUUCCCCAAGACAAAGUUCUCGAUGCUCUUGCCCCCUGUGGAGGAGGAACUGCAAAGGAGACCAAAUGUGAAAGCAGUCGUUCUCUUUGGUAUCGAGGCUCAUGUAUGCGUUCAGCAGACUGCUCUUGAUCUUCUUGCUAAGGGUUUAGACGUCCACGUUGUCGCUGAUGCUUGCUCUUCUCGUAGCAUGAUGGAUCGCCAGUUUGCUUAUAAGAGAUUACGACAGGCCGGAGCAAUAAUUACAACAAGCGAGGCAGUCAUAUUCCAACUGCUGGGAGACUCCAAACAUCCCAAAUUCAAAGAAGUGCAAGCCUUGGUAAAAACUGUUGCACCUGUGUCGGGUCUGGCGCCUAAUUUAUAGUUUUAAGUUUGGUAUUACAACAAAUAAUGAUUUUAAUAAUCCUUAUUUUCCACUGUAUAACUGAAGGCAAUAUUAACACAAGCCUAUGUAAUCAAAACACUGAAAAAUUGUUUGUGAAUAAUAUUUUUUAAAUUUUUUUGUUGAUGCGGUCUGGGUUUCAACCCUAGAACCCUAGCAAAGUCUAUAUCAACGGCUAAACAAAAUUCAACUUAUCCAUAAGAUUGCAUAAUAAGUCGCAAGGUUUUGGUUUGCCUGCAGAAUUCCUGUCAUAGAAGGAGAUGCCAGGGUCACCUAGAUCAUCAUAAAUUGAAUAAAAAGUAAUUUAUGAGUAAAUUUGCACAUUUUUGUUUUGUUGAUUUGGGGUAAUGUGUUAAACGCAUUGUCCUCUGUUUCUAAUAUCCCUCGCCAUUUGAACAAAACAAAAACAGCUUUGAUUGCCAAGAAAAUGUAAGAUUGCCAAGAAAAGCAUUAAUUUCAGACUAUUUUUAUACUGAACCUAUACGGAUGAAAUAAUAAUUCAGCUUUUCAAAAAAGCUCAUGUUUGUUUUGUUAAUGUUAAGUGAUGCAUCCUACCCAUAGAGCUAUAUAUAGUGACUAGAGCCCUAACUUGCUCUGCGUGUUGAAGCCACCCUAGGCGUAGACAAUUUUUUUUAAUUCGGCGUGUGCGCUUCCGUACGCAACCCAUUCGUCCGCGCUACAAAAACCGUAAGUUUGACUUAAUUGCCGUAUAAAAUUUCAAGCUUUUGUAUUGGUUUCUACAUAAACAUGGAUGCGCCCACACGGCUUCAAAACCUAAGUGCGUGUA